AUUAAAAAAAAUAAAAUAAAAAUCGACGCGACCCGAAACCCGAAACGCUACGAAAGCCAUGAAUGCGGGAUUCUUCCUCUUCCCUCUCGCCCCUGUUUCUUCUCUCCAGAAACGCCAUUGCAUCUCGAAGAACAGCUCCCGCCCCGAUACCAGACCCGAAACCCGCCUCUCGGCCCUCUUGAAAUUCCCUGCCCAAACUUAUCGGAUAAUUCCGAGAAUCCCAGACGAAUCGGAUGCUCUCCGCCGCAGGAUCUCCGGCAGGACACGCGCCGAUGUGAAAACCGACCCUUUCGAGGUCUCUGACACAGCGCCCAACUCGGUGAGUCAGUUGAAUCUGGUCGAGAAGGACGAGUCGGGGCGGGGAGCGAUUGCAUGGUGGGAGCAGUUCCCGAAGCGAUGGGUGAUUGUGAUUCUCUGCUUCUCAGCGUUUCUUCUCUGCAACAUGGAUCGAGUAAAUAUGAGCAUUGCCAUCCUUCCCAUGUCAGCAGAGUACAACUGGAAUCCCGCAACCGUUGGCUUGAUACAGUCUUCCUUUUUCUGGGGUUACCUUCUCACCCAGAUUGCUGGAGGUAUAUGGGCAGACACAGUUGGUGGGAAGCUUGUAUUGGGAUUUGGGGUUGUUUGGUGGUCCAUAGCUACAGCUCUAACACCUGUAGCUGCUAAGCUUGGAUUGCCUUUCUUGCUUGUCACGCGGGCGUUCAUGGGGAUUGGUGAGGGUGUUGCAAUGCCCGCUAUGAAUAACAUUCUGUCAAAGUGGAUUCCUGUAGCAGAGAGAAGCAGAUCACUAGCACUGGUAUACAGUGGGAUGUACCUUGGAUCAGUUACAGGGCUGGCAUUUUCGCCAUUCUUGAUACAUAAAUUCGGGUGGCCAUCAGUGUUCUUCUCCUUUGGUUCUCUGGGAACUGUUUGGUUUGUGAUAUGGCUGAAUAAGGCACACAGUUCGCCUCUUGAUGACCCUGAACUUCGACCAGAAGAGAAGCAGCUAAUCAUUAGUAACAGCAUUUCCAAUGAGCCCGUCAAAACUAUCCCAUGGAGAUUGAUCCUAUCAAAGCCACCAGUUUGGGCCCUAAUAGUCUCUCAUUUCUGCCACAACUGGGGAACUUUCAUUCUCCUCACAUGGAUGCCGACAUACUACAAUCAGGUCUUGAAGUUCAACCUCACAGAAUCUGGCCUACUCUGUGUUUUACCCUGGCUUACGAUGGCAUUAUCUGCCAACCUUGGAGGGUGGAUUGCAGACACGCUUGUUAGUAAAGGGCUAUCUGUUACAACAGUUCGCAAGAUCAUGCAGUCAAUUGGAUUUCUCGGUCCUGCUUUCUUUCUAACGCAGUUGAGCCACGUCAAUUCCCCGGCAAUGGCAGUACUAUGCAUGGCGUGCAGUCAGGGAACUGAUGCAUUCUCGCAAUCUGGUCUGUAUUCUAACCAUCAAGACAUAGGCCCUCGAUAUGCUGGAGUGCUACUGGGUCUAUCGAAUACUGCUGGAGUGCUGGCAGGUGUCCUUGGAACAGCAGCCACGGGUUACAUCUUGCAACAUGGUUCUUGGGAUGAUGUCUUCAAGGUCUCAGUUGGUCUCUAUCUUGUUGGAACUGUGGUCUGGAACCUUUUCUCAACAGGCGAGAAAAUCAUUGACUGAUUGUUGUUGCAGUUGAUUGUCAGACGGAAACAGCUAAGUGCUAACACCCCCCCACACACACAGAAUUUAAAGAAAAAUGAAAGAGCAAGCAAAAAACAAACUGAGAGGGCGAGGAAGGGAUGGUAUGGGUGUUUUCUAAUGGAUUGGUGGCAUUUUUGCUAUGAGAAAAGCUACGAACUCCAUCACAGAACACUAUAGGUGUUUGCAUUUCAUCAUCAUCCAUUCAUCUCAAAGCAUGAAAUUCUUCAGGCUCCAGCUUCCCCACGUGGAUAAAGCAGUGGGCCAGCAAGGCUAUGUCAUCAUGAGCAAGCUUCGUAGUUCGUGAAACAGUGCCAUCUCAUCACAUCGGGAUCUUUACAGAAUGCCAAUGAAACAAAGUAGCCUUGGGUUGUCAUCAAAUCUAUUUUUGGUACUGAUUUUAUCAAUCUCACCACUAUUGAUUUUAAUUUUUCUCUAUAAAUAUGUAUAGCAUACUACAUUUUCCCUCAUAUAUACUUGCUAUAAUAUUAAUCUGAUAACCUCUUUUUGAUGUAA